GAGAGGUUUAAACCAUUGGCCCGUGAAUCUUGGACCAACUCGCCGCAGGGUGGCGGUCGUUCCACGCCUCUGCUCCCCAACAUGAAGUGUCUGUACGAAGUGCUGGGCGUCGCCAGGGACGCAGACGAUGAGACCAUACGCAAAGUGUAUCGGAAACAGGCGCUUGUGUGGCAUCCAGAUAAGAAUCAGAACAGAAAAGAGGAAGCAGAGGAGAGGUUCAAGGAAAUACAGAAUGCUUAUGAAAUCCUCAGCGACAAGCAUGAGAGGGCAUGGUAUGAUAAUCACCGCGAUGCCAUCUUGCGCUCUGACCAGCAGUAUCAGGGUGGUGGGAGCUUUUCGGGUGACUUCUCUGGUUCGUCUGCUCGUCCCCGUGAUGUGAACCUCUACCAGUUCUUCAGCAACAGAUGUUACAACGGCUACCACGAUGGACCCAAGGGAUUCUAUUUUGUCUAUGCUGAGGUUUUCAGCAAGCUUGCUGCCAUGGAAGUUGAUGCGUACAGGCAAAGGAGUGUGCAGGAGGACCUGCGAGAGCUGGAUGAUUUCCCCGAGUUCGGGAAUUCAGAGACGGAAUGGAAGUCUGUGCAGGCAUUCUAUGCAUCCUGGCUCAACUUCACAACAGUUCAGGACUUUGCGUGGAUGGAUGAAUAUCACACUGGAACUGCCCCUAACAGAAAGGUAAGAAGGUUGAUGGAGGAAGAAAACAAGAAGCUGAGGAAAUUGGCAAAAAGGGAGUUCACUGAAUCAGUACGGCAGCUGGCCUCCUUUGUGAAGAAAAGAGACAAGCGAGUCACAAAGUAUCAG